CAGUUCAGCCCUGGUCCUGUGGGAGUUGAUUCCCACCUCUCCAGUAUUUGGAAACUGAUGUCCUGACUCAUUGGUGCCUUCACCAGUUCUACAACCAGGAAUCUUUUCCCUUUAAUGGAUUGGCCUUUUGCAAGAAAUAGACAAAAUAUCAGUGUGAAUGACAGCAAACCCCUAUUCCAUGCUGUCAUGGGUGAAACUCUGGGAGAUUCUCUUAUUGACCCAGAAAGCGAUGCCUUCGACACGCUGUCUGCAAACAUUUCACAAGCGGAUUGAGCAAUGGAAGUAUGCCUUAGAGACGUGAUAAGUGCUGCAAGAGAUGAUUCUUUGAAACACGAGUCUCUCCUGAGAGAGGAGUGAGCAAGUGAUUGGCCGUCAUUUCUACUGCGGGAGACCGGAACUGUGUCUGUGUGACUCCAGCUGUGUACAUGGAAACCUGUAGACAAUUGACCCAAGUCUUCACCUUCCCAGAGAGGUGACCAUGGUUGACACCGAGAUGCCGUUUUGGCCCACCAACUUUGGGAUCAGCUCUGUGGACCUGUCGGUGAUGGACGACCACUCCCACUCCUUUGACAUCAAGCCCUUCACCACUGUUGAUUUCUCCAGCAUUUCCACUCCACACUAUGAAGACAUCCCAUUCCCGAGAGCUGAUCCAAUGGUUGCAGAUUAUAAGUACGACCUGAAGCUCCAGGACUACCAAAGUGCCAUCAAAGUGGAGCCUGUGUCCCCGCCUUAUUAUUCUGAAAAGACUCAGCUGUACAACAAACCUCACGAAGAGCCUUCCAACUCCCUCAUGGCAAUUGAAUGCCGUGUCUGUGGGGAUAAAGCCUCGGGGUUCCACUAUGGAGUUCAUGCUUGUGAAGGAUGCAAGGGUUUCUUCCGGAGGACUAUCAGAUUGAAGCUUAUUUAUGAUAGGUGCGAUCUUAACUGUCGGAUCCACAAAAAAAGUAGAAAUAAAUGUCAGUACUGUCGGUUUCAGAAAUGCCUUGCUGUGGGGAUGUCUCAUAACGCCAUCAGGUUUGGGCGGAUGCCACAGGCUGAGAAGGAGAAGCUGUUGGCAGAGAUCUCCAGUGAUAUCGACCAGCUGAACCCAGAGUCUGCUGACCUCCGCGCCCUGGCAAAGCACUUGUAUGACUCAUACAUAAAGUCCUUCCCGCUGACCAAAGCAAAGGCGAGGGCGAUCUUGACAGGAAAGACCACAGACAAAUCACCCUUUGUCAUCUAUGACAUGAAUUCCUUAAUGAUGGGAGAAGAUAAAAUCAAGUUCAAACACAUCACCCCCCUGCAGGAGCAGAGCAAAGAGGUGGCCAUUCGCAUCUUUCAGGGGUGUCAGUUUCGCUCCGUGGAGGCCGUGCAGGAGAUCACAGAGUAUGCCAAGAACAUCCCUGGGUUUGUAAACCUUGACCUGAAUGACCAAGUAACUCUCCUAAAGUAUGGCGUCCACGAGAUCAUUUACACCAUGCUGGCCUCCUUGAUGAAUAAAGACGGGGUCCUCAUCUCCGAGGGCCAAGGAUUCAUGACAAGGGAGUUUCUCAAGAGCCUGAGAAAGCCCUUUGGUGACUUUAUGGAGCCCAAGUUCGAGUUUGCUGUGAAGUUCAACGCACUGGAAUUAGAUGACAGCGACCUGGCGAUAUUUAUAGCUGUCAUUAUUCUCAGUGGAGACCGCCCAGGUUUGCUGAAUGUGAAGCCCAUCGAGGACAUUCAAGACAAUUUGCUGCAAGCCUUGGAGCUGCAGCUCAAGUUGAACCACCCAGAGUCCUCCCAGCUCUUUGCUAAGCUGCUCCAGAAAAUGACAGACCUCAGACAGAUUGUGACAGAGCACGUGCAGCUGCUGCAAGUAAUAAAGAAGACAGAGACGGACAUGAGCCUUCACCCACUCCUACAGGAAAUAUACAAGGACUUGUACUAGCAAAGAAGUCCACGUUCACCGACAACAUUCUCCUUCUUCCAAUUGCACUAUUAUUUUGGGGGAAAAAAAAUCUGACACCUAAAAAAAAUUACUGUGAAAAAGCGUUUGAAAAAGAAAAGGUUUUAGAAUAAUAGAUCUAUUUUAUGCAUAUUGUUUAUAAAGAUACAUUUACAAUUUACUUUUAAUAUUAAAAAUUACCACAUCAUGAA